UCGCUUUCUCACUCUCCUCGACUGAUUUGAACCGCGAUUUUCGACGUGCCGCUCUUAUACGUCAGUGUUUCCCCCGACAGCGUUUCAAAACAUCGUGUUUUUUUAUUUUGAAAUUCAACAAAACCACCACUCACCCACCCAUCCCACCACAUCGUUACAUUGAAGUCAGUCAACGUUGUCGUCUUUUGCGUGAUCGGCUCUCUCCCCGUGCUUGCUGUUAACCCAACACGUAGUUCUCCUGCUUCUGGAGAGACAAAGGCGGCCGGGUGCGUGGAGUUUAGCACCCAACAAACCAACCAAACAGCCCUCGUGUGACAUGCCUCUUGGAGGUGAGUGAUGGAGGACAGCAGGAAGAGGAGGGCUGCUUUGGAGGGAGAUCCACAGAAGAAGAAGAGACAUGGCAAAGAGAAGAAGCUGAAGAAUGACAAAGCGGAGGAAACAGAAACUCGCCAGAACGGAGAGACGAGCCCGGGGGAUGCAGAUCCACAGAAGAAGAAGAGAGAUGGCAAAGAGAAGAAUCGGAAUAAAGCGGAGGUGACGGAGACUUGCAGGAAUGGGGAUGAGAGAGCAUCUGUGAGCCCAGGGGAUGCAGGGCGGGCCUACACGGUGAGCCUCGCCCUGCCCGGCUCCAUCCUGGAGAACGCGCAGUCGGCCGAGCUGCGCUCGUACCUGGCGGGGCAGGUGGCUCGUGCCCUCACCAUCUUCGCCGUCGACGAGGUGGUGGUGUUCGACGAGCAGGGCGCCGACCGCAAGAGCGCCGAGGAUGAGUCUCCCGGUGCCGGGAAGCACGGUUACGGCAGCGUGCAGCUCGCACGGAUCCUGCAGUAUCUCGAGUGCCCACAGUACCUUCGGAAAGCUUUCUUCCCAAAGCACAAGGACCUCCAGUACGCAGGACUGCUGAACCCCGUGGACAGCCCUCACCACAUGCGUCGUGACGAGGAGAGCCCCUACCGCGAGGGAGUCGUGCUGGAGCAUCGCGGAGCGCCCGGGGCCAGCGCCAGCGCCAACUGCGGCCUCUACAAGGAGGUGACGAUCGACAGGAAACUGCAGCCCGGCACGAGAGUCACCGUGCAGAUGGAGGGCAACAGCGCGGGGAGGGUGGUGGCGCCGCACGUUCCGCGCACGCGGGCGGGGAUCUACUGGGGCUACACGGUGCGGCUGGCGUCGGGCCUCGGCGAUGUGUUCACCGAGUGUCCGUUCAAGGGCGGCUACGACCUGACCAUCGGCACGUCGGAGAGGGGGGCGAGCGUGGACGAUGUGAGCCUCCCUCCAUUCAGGCACCUGCUGCUGGUGUUUGGCGGGCUGCAGGGGCUGGAGUCGAGCCUGGCGAGCGACCGGAGGCUUCGCGUCGCCGAGCCGAGCCUCCUCUUCCACCUCUACCUCAAUACCUGCCCCGGCCAGGCGAGCCGCACCAUCCGCACCGAGGAGGCCAUCCUCAUCAGCCUGGCGAUGCUGAGGCCCAAGAUCACCGCCAGGGACACGCGGACGGGCAGCGGCGGCUGCACGGACGCCCGGUAGAACGGCCCUUUGCCGCGGACGCCCGGGAGAACGGCUCGUUGCCGCGUCGGAAGUGUGAGACAUCGACAGCAGUAGGUCGGAGGAGGCUCGUGUCCCGAUGGCGGGCGCUAGGAGCGCUCCGUAUGUAACAGGGCCUGGCUCUAGCGGUGAUGGGAAGGUGGUAGGAUGGCCACCCAAAGACGCAAAGCCGCGAGGGGGUACCGGAAAUGUACGGAGAUCUUUACACGGGUUUCGCAGUUUUUUACGUGCGCAUUACAAGGUGUACGCCUACGGUCAGCUCGUUUAACCCCUUUCUCGUUCCGAAAAGUCUGCAAGUUGCAGGGUCGGGGGUCCCGUUCACCGCCGAAUCUCGGAACGUGCAACUGGUUCAGCGUUCAUUUUAUUUAGAGAGGCGUAGUAGCAGUUGCGCCGCUGUUUUUCAAGACAUCGCACUCGCCGCAGAGAACCGCAGCGGCACGACCGCCACACUCUACGAUGGUCGGCGCCAAACUGUGCCACACGCCCUCCCGUGUGGCCUUGUGGGAGUCUCGGGGAAGAUGUACCGAUGAAGAAAUCUCAUUUUAAAUAUUGUCAUUGGAAGGAAAACCGAUGACGUGCAGCUACGUCAUCGGAAUGGGAAAGGGUUAAUUAUCUGGGGUAACGGUGGGGUGGGGGCGGGCCUGAAUAAAACAAAAACAUCAGUCAUGCAACACACAUGUACAUUGUCCACGCAGAAUGUAGGUGAAGACGCAAGGAUCCUUCGUCUACAUAUAUAUUUUUAUUGCUUCUUAAAAGUAAUUGGUUUUGCGCGGUAACGGCGACUCAAGUCACCGACGAGUGAGGAGCAGAGCGAGUAAUGAAACCGGUGUGCCCGUGAAGAUAUCUCAAACCGCAAGUACGGUUGGUCAAACCACAUCCGCGCCUCCAAUUGGCACGGUUGGCUACGUAUGUUGCGAAAGAAGUUCCACAUACAUACACAAUUCCCAUAGACUCAACACUGCCCAUAGACUCAACACUGCCCAUAGACUCAACACUACCCAUAGACUCAACACUGCCCAUAGACUCAACACUGCCCAUAGACUCAACACUACCCAUAGACUCAACACUGCCCAUAGACUCAACACUGCCCAUAGACUCAACACUGCCCAUAGACUCAACACUGCCCAUAGAUUCAACACUGCCCAUAGACUCAACACUACCCAUAGACUCAACACUGCACCAUAGACUCAACACUGCCCAUAGACUCAAUACUGCCCACAGACUCAACACUGCCCAUAGACUCAACACUACCCAUAGACUCAACACUGCCCAUAGACUCAACACUGCCCAUAGACUCAACACUACCCAUAGACUCAACACUACCCAUAGACUCAACACUGCCCAUAGACUCAACACUACCCAUAGACUCAACACUACCCAUAGGCUCAACACUGCCCCAUAGACUCAACACUGCCCAUAGACUCAACACCGCCCAUAGACUCAACACCGCCCAUAGACUCAACACUACCCAUAGACUCAACACUGCCCAUAGACUCAACACAGUCCAUAGACUCAACACUGCCCAUAGACUCAACACUGCCCAUAGACUCAACACUGCCCAUAGACUCAACACUACCCAUAGACUCAACACUGCCCAUAGACUCAACACUGCCCAUAGACUCAACACUGCCCAUAGACUCAACACUGCCCAUAGACUCAACACUGCCCAUAGAUUCAACACUGCCCAUAGACUCAACACUACCCAUAGACUCAACACUGCACCAUAGACUCAACACUGCCCAUAGACUCAACACUGCCCAUAGACUCAAUACUGCCCACAGACUCAACACUACCCAUAGACUCAACACUGCCCAUAGACUCAACACUGCCCAUAGACUCAACACUACCCAUAGACUCAACACUACCCAUAGACUCAACACUGCCCAUAGACUCAACACUACCCAUAGACUCAACACUACCCAUAGGCUCAACACUGCCCCAUAGACUCAACACUGCCCAUAGACUCAACACCGCCCAUAGACUCAACACCGCCCAUAGACUCAACACUACCCAUAGACUCAACACUGCCCAUAGACUCAACACAGUCCAUAGACUCAACACUGCCCAUAGACUCAACACUGCCCAUAGACUCAACACUGCCCAUAGACUCAACACUGCCCAUAGACUCAACACUGCCCAUAGACUCAACACUGCACCAUAGACUCAACACUGCCCAUAGACUCAACACUACCCAUAGACUCAACACUGCACCUCCGAUUUGGGACGAUUGGCUACAUAGUGCGAAAGAAGUUCAGUGUACGUACACAACACAAAUGAGCAGCAGUCCGCUGUGUCAUGUGACACACGCCGUGUUACACGACCGAUAACAAGAGACAGCAAACAGGUGGUUAAAUUUCGAUUUAAAGCUUUCGUGACUGCAGGGAUUCAUCUUCUUGGUUCUUUCGGUAAAGUCACGUAGAAGGGAAAUAAUAAAAUUAUAAAAAUAAAACAAUAAAAUAAUUCUCACGACGUUACGGCCGCAACACAAGCAGACACAGCUGUCUGAAAGAGCGCUGGCUUCACCUGAGGACGGCUGCUUGUGUUGUGGCCGAAACGUCGUAAUAAUUGUAUUUUAUUAUGUUUUAUUUGUAUUAUUUUAUUACUUCCCUUUUACGUGACUUUACCGAAAGAACCAAGAAGAAAGAGGUGGUUGUCGGCAGAGGAGUGUACUACCUUCAGUUUUCUUGGGCACCAGUUUUCUAAGGAUAAGGACUGCGAUUUAAUAAGUGCACAGUGAGAAUGAAGAGUUAUACACGAUCAAAAACAUUACCAAGUUACCAAGCUGCUGCGUCACGUGUCGUGACGGGUACUGCAAGAUCCGACCGUGGUCCGUCCAGUGCUCGCUGAGCUGCAUUGGCUUCUGGCUUGCCGAACCAAUACGUCAUCAUAAGGUUGCACUCAUUCACACAAAGUGCUUGCCGCAAACGAACCACAAUUCCUUGCCGAUCUCAAGAAGCGUUAAUCACGGCGCAGAUUCCGGUCAUCCUCGCAAGCGGCUUUUGACUGAGCCAUCGAACAAAGACGGGUCAACUGCAUUGUGCGCGGCGCUUUCAGAUGCGCUUCCUUCCGACAGGAAGCCACCGGAGCCACGCACUUUCAAAUCGUCGUCUAGAAACUGCUUUUUGUCUUUUAGUUGGUUGUCCUUCCCCCGCGCCUCCCAAUGAUCACGGUUGGCUACGUACGGUGCGAAAGAAGUUCAACGUACAUAUGACCUCGGUGAAUGAAUGACUUGAGUUAUUUUAAAUAGGAGAGGUGUUAAGAGUGGUUGGCAUGGGCCCUGGUGCAAGGAAUGCAAUGACGAGUCCACUAUGGCCCUUGGUGCAGCUGCAGUGCCUGCACACUCAGGAGAGCUACGCCGCUGUGCUGUGCAAGAGAGCCUUGUACAGAGGUCGCAAACGGGUUUUGAUUCCUUACCCGUACCCGUACCCGGCCGCACCAGGGUCGCAAAUGGGUACCCGUACCCGGCCGGGUACGGGUACCCGUUCCCUACCCGUACCCUACCCGAAAUGAGUGACAAACGGUUACUCACCAGUGACUCACGGCCUACCCGUACCCGUACCCGGCUGCACCAGGGUCGCAAACGGGUACCCGUACCCGUACCUGGCCGGGUACGAGUAUCGGGUAGGGUACGGGUAUCGGGUAGGGUACGGGUAUCGGCUACCCGGUUGCGACCUCUGGCCUUGUAUGAAGUGUUUGGUAUUUGACGGAGUUACUGCGUAUGAACAAAUGUGUUUCAAUUGGUAAAUAAAGAAGUGUUGUUGUAA